CGCAGACGGCGAGGACGACUCGGAGGAGACGCAAGGCGUCGGCCUCAAUCGCCCGGUGGAGCAGCUGUCGAGGGGCAAGAGCUGGGCGCUCGAUGGGCAAGGGUCGCACAGCACGACAUGGACGGCAUCGUCGGCGCAGCUCACGCGCAUGCGCUACGUGUCCCAGGUCAGCGAGUACUGGCCACUCGACCGCCUCGCCACCGUCUCGAUCGCCUCCCUCUCGGCGCCGUCAACCCCUACCGCACCCCUUUCACCUCGUCUACAAGCCUCGUACCACGACCUCGCACCCGCACCCGACGCAGCCGACCUCCUCGCCGCCUCCUCCUCGUCGCCGAGAAAAGGCCGCAUCCUCCUCCUCGGUACCGGUCCGGGCAACCCGCUCCUCCUCACCCGCGUCGCCCAUCUCCUCCUCACGACCGCCGACCCCUCUUCCCCCUUCUUCGUCGACCUCUUUCUCUCGGACAAGCUCGUGCCGCCCCAGAUCCUCGCCCUUAUCCCGCCCGAGCGACGGGCCGGCGUCGUCAUCGCGCGCAAGUACCCGGGCAACGCCGAGGCGGCGCAGGAGGAACUCAUGGCGCUCGCGAUCGAGGGCGCCAAACGCGGCAAGACCGUCAUGCGCCUCAAGCAGGGCGACCCGUACCUUUACGGGCGCGGCGGCGAGGAGGUGCUCCGGUUCCGCGCCGUCGCCGGCGUUGAGAGCGUCGUCGUCCCGGGCCUGUCGUCGUCGCUCGCCGGCCCGCUCCUCGCCGGCAUCCCCGUCACGCAGCGCGGCGUCGCCGAGUCGGUCGUCGUGUGCACGGGCGUCGGUCGCGGCGGGCGUGACGUCCCGCUCGCGCCGUACGAGCGCGCCAAGACGCUGUGCGUCCUCAUGGGCGUCGCCCGCCUGUCGUCGCUCGUCCAGUCGCUCAUGCACCACCCGACGACGCCCUACCCGCCGUACCUGCCGAUCGCGCUCGUCGAGCGCGCGUCGAGCCCGGAUCAGCGCGUCGUCGCGAGCACGAUCGACCGCCUUGCCCAGGUCCUCGAGCAGCUGCCGCCGCACCGACCGCCGGGCAUGAUUGUCGUCGGCUGGGCCGUCAUGUGCCUUGACGGCGAGGGCGACAUGACGAUCCUCGACGACCCGGAGGACGACGGGCGAGAGGCGCGCGAUCGGGCUCGGGUCGAUAGAUGGGCCGGCGAGAUCGGGUACAAGGUGCGAGAGGGCCUGAGCGAGGGCUGGAUGAGCCUCGUGUCGGGUCUCGAGGCCGAGGGCGAGCAGGUGUCGUCGUAGCGAGGGCCUCUUAGACUAGAACCUGUAGCCGCAUCUGCAUCGUCGCACUAUCGCAUCUC